GAGAAAAAUCUUAAAAUGUCAAUUUUUCCAGAUCUCUGCAACAGCGCGACCGACUACGUCAUCAAACCGCGCCGUUACUGUGACAACGGAUUAUCGGCGUACUGGGAGCUGCCCCUGUUUGUCAACACUGUGGCUCCGUGUAAAAGGGUAAUGGCGAAAACAAACACGGACUGUCUGUGGGAGCUGGCGGCGGGAGAACUUCGAGACCGAGAGAGAGAAGGAGGAUAUGAUGGAGGAGGAGAAACGGAGAGGAGCGUGUUCCUGAUGGGCAGCAAGGCUGGGGGUAAAACGACUCUUCUACUCAGAUGUCUGGACAGGGACGAACCUCCAAAACCUACUCUGGCCCUGGAAUACACUUUUGGUCGACGCGCUCGAGGACACAGCUCGCCCAAAGACAUAGUUCAUCUGUGGGAACUGGGAGGAGGAACCUCUCUGUCAGACCUGGUCCAGAUCCCAAUCAGUGCUGUCAGCAUCAGGUCGUUCUCUGUGAUCCUGGUGGUGGACUUGUCUAAACCCAACUCCCUGUGGACCACGGUGGAGAAGCUGCUGCAGACCGCACGAGCUCAGCUGGAAAAGGUGUUCGCACAGGUUCACCAGAAACAAAAGACCAAGAACGAGACGGCUGUGAGUCCAGCAGCUCGGGUUCUGCCUAAAGAUCAUCCGGACAGAGAACUGAUCCAUCCGUUUCCUGUUCCUCUGCUCAUCAUUGGCAGCAAAUACGACCUGUUUCAGGAAAUGGAUUCUGACACGAAGAGAGUUGUCAGUAAGACGCUACGUUUCCUUUCUCACUUCUACGCCGCCUCUCUGCUUUUCACCAGCAUCAAAUCAGAGAGUCUCAUGUCGAGAACCAAGAAUUUUUUCUCCCAUCAUGCCUUUGGGUUGGACAGAGGGAAAACUGUGUCAUGUGACUCCACCAAGCCUCUGGUCAUCCCAGCAGGUUCUGACUCUUUCAGUCAAAUAGGAACUCCCCCGGCUGCUGACGUGGACGUCUCUUCACUUCAUGCCAAAAGCCCGAAGGAUCUGUGGAAGAAAGUCUACGAGGGAGUUUUCCCUCCAGAGAGCGUUGAACACCAGAAGGAGGUCAAAGAUCCAGGUCGUGACCUUCAGUACAGAGAAGAUAGCAUUGAUGCCACGAGAGCCCAGAAAGACCAGGAGCUGGAACAGUUUAAGAGAAAUGCAGCCAAGUCCUGGAGAGGUGUGGAGCUGGACGCCUGAUCACAAGAUCACAGACAGCUUCAUAUCUAAUCAUCUGUAAAAAUGUUAAUUAAAGUUUCUUCUGGAUUUGAUAUUUCAAAAA